AUGCAGCUGACAUACCGCAUGGCUCUGGAGGCAAGAGGGCCGGAGCAGCUGAGGGGAUCAGACGCGUGCGAGCUGGCAAUGACGUACCGCAUGGCUCUGGAGGCUGCUGGCAUGGCCGCGGGGCAAGGGAGUGGUGCGUCUGCUAGCACUGGUGGCGCUGCUGCUGGUGCUCAGGCUGCUGUGGGCGGGAGCACAAGGGAGGGAGCACAAGGCGGACAAGGGGCGGAAAGAGUGGCGCACGGUGCAGCGGUGGGCGCGGCAGGGGGAGCAGAGUCAGGUGGUGAGCUGCUGGAGACGCCGUGGGAGGAGCUGACAGUGGCGCAGAUGGAGCAGAUGCUACAGGAGACGAAGAGGCUGAUAGCAGCAAGCGAGCGAGCGCACAUCUGUCCACACACAGGCUGUCCGCGCAAGUUUGCCACGCCAGGGACCCUCAAGGACCACUUGAACGAGCACACGGGGCAGCGCCCCUACCAGUGCUCUGUGGAUGGGUGCGGUGAACGCAUGGCCACGCGGCAGCUGCUGGGGCGCCAUGUGAAGAAGCACGAGUGCUUGCACGCCUGUGCGGUGCCGGGGUGUGGCAAGCGGUUUGCCUUCCGAGAGCGGCUGGUGGUGCAUCAGCGCACGCACAGUGACGAGCGGCCGUUGCAGUGCCCGUGGGAGGGGUGUGAGAAGACGUUCAAGUGGAACAACUCGCUGCACGGCCACCUGCGCACACACACGGGCGAGAAGCCCUUCCACUGCUCCUUUACGGAGUGUGGGAGGGCGUUUGGAUACAAGGUGGAUCUCACACGCCACCUGCGCACACACUACGGCCAGCCAGCGCGGUAG